CUGUGCCAGUGGGGGCUGAUUCAGGUCCCGGGCUCUGCACACUGGUCACCUCAGGGUGGGGGAGGGCGCCCAGAGAGGGUGCUGAGGGUGCGUGGGAUGACUGGCCGAUACCAGAGGGGUCCUGAGCGUGUUCCCCAGGGUCCUCGGAGUGUGAGGAGCCCUGCAGGACGGGUCAGGCCUCUCCCUCCUUGGCUUCAGGUGUGCACCUGGCUAGGCAGUCCCUGCCCAGGAAGGCGGGGCCAAGCAGAGAGCGCUCUUCCUCUUCCUGGGGAGGUGUCGGCAGCUCGAGGGGGCGCCGGAGAGGACCAGGCUCGGGGGUCACAAUGAAUAAUCCCAUACCUUCCAAUUUGAAAUCAGAAGCAAAAAAGGCGGCUAAAAUUCUAAGAGAAUUCACAGAAAUAACUUCCAGAAAUGGACCUGAUAAGAUCAUUCCUGCCCAUGUAAUUGCUAAAGCCAAGGGCCUUGCGAUUUUGUCUGUGAUAAAAGCUGGAUUUCUAGUAACUGCUAGAGGAGGCAGUGGGGUCGUGCUGGCGCGUCUUCCUGAUGGAAAAUGGUCUGCACCUUCAGCCAUUGGCAUAGCUGGGCUUGGUGGAGGAUUUGAAAUAGGAAUUGAGGUAUCAGAUUUGGUAAUAAUUUUGAAUUAUGACAGAGCAGUAGAAGCUUUUGCAAAAGGUGGUAACCUGACACUUGGAGGGAAUUUCACUGUGGCAGUUGGGCCCCUGGGAAGGAAUUUAGAAGGAAAUGUUGCCCUGCGGAGCUCAGCUGCUGUCUUUACGUACUGCAAGUCCAGAGGACUCUUUGCCGGAGUGUCGUUAGAAGGCAGUUGUUUGAUUGAAAGGAAAGAAACUAAUCGAAAAUUUUAUUGUCAAGACAUCCGAGCUUAUGACAUUUUAUUUGGAGAUCUACCACGGCCUCCUCAAGCAGAAGAUCUUUAUGAAAUUCUUGAUUCCUUUACUGAAAAGUAUGAAAAUGAAGGACAACGAAUCAAUGCAAGAAAAGCAGCAAAGGAACUGAGAAAGUCUGCUGCUAAAGAAUUACCUCCAAAACCAUUGUCAAGGCCACAGCCGACGUCUGUGCAAGUCCUGCCGAACUCUGGCUCCCAAAGUAACGGAAAUAAAUAUAAGCUGUACCCUGAACUUCCCAACUAUCAGGAGAGAGUUGGCAAUUUGGAUCAACCCAUAGAAGUGACAGCACUAUAUCCUUUUGAAGGACAACAGCCCGGGGAUUUGAAUUUUCAAGCUGGAGACAGAAUCACAGUUAUAUCAAAAACCGAUUCUCAUUUUGAUUGGUGGGAAGGAGAGCUUCGAGGUCAAACUGGCAUUUUUCCAGCCAACUAUGUUACCAUGAAUUAAAGUUUAUAUUGUUUUCUUCUUUGAGAAUUACAAAACAUUUAUUUCUACACUGAUAGGAUUUACUAUCCAGUUAAGCAAUGUUUAAUAUAAGUUUAAAAAUACUUCUCUUUAUUCCAUAAACUUUUAUUCAGCAUAUAAAAGAUUAUUUUCUCUAUAUCAAUAAGUGGUUGACUUACAUAUCUUUAAAUACUUUGUACUAAUUUUUAUCACAUAUACUAUUUAAUAGUUAAUAUCAUCCAAUUCAUCUGAUCACAGCCCUUUAGUUAUAAUUAUCAAACAUCACUAAACAUAUGGGCAGCUAAGUAUAUGGUAAGUGCCUAUUGUAAUUUGAGAAUCUCAAGGGUAGGGGCAUGAAUACCAGUUCAUGUAUUUCUGUUUCCAAAGUGACCAGAGAAGAAGAAAUCAGAUUAACGAGGGUAUUAAGUAAUCCUUCUAGUUGUAGGUAUGAACUAGAUAUAUGAAUCCUUUAAAAUAAUCUUUAUUUCUUCAAAAAUUGUGUAUAUGUGUAUUGAUAGCAGAAACCCGCUACUGCAAAGAAGUUCAGCUAGUCUGCAUUCCACAAAGAUGACGUUAACUUUUCUUCUGUAUGAGGUUCUGUGCAUUUCUAGAAGAAGAACCAACUUAAGGUUGACACAGCCCAGUAAUUCCAAAAUAAAUGGUUUUUAAACGAUAA